AUUCGCAGAUCGUGCUGAAGCUUCUGCUGUUCUUUGUCUUAUGGAUUUGUUGUUGUCAAACGUUGUCAGUCGUGUUUAGGCGUUGCUGACGAACAAUCAGCUGUGUUUUACGUUAACGUCAAUGAAUAAACCUCAUCAGAAAUGAAGUCAACUGUGGUCGACCCCUGGAAGACAGACUCCGAGGAAUCAACGAUUCAUGUCGCAGAUGAAGUCGAAGACAAAUCCUUGGGAUUUGAGGACAGCUUUGUUGCUGGCUCAACUGACAGUUCUGCAGGCACAAAUAACCGUCUACCAGAUUCAGCAGAGUAUUUAGCUUCCUUAGAAAACAAGUUGGCAAAGCUGAAGUCCAAGAGAAAAGGGAAAGAUAUCAUAAAAUCCCUUGAAGAAAAAAAUAAGUCAUCCAUGAUGAACUUCCUCUCAAAUGAUAACCAAGUUGUCCUUGAUGAUGAUGAUUUUAUACUGGAUACGCCUGUCAAUAACAACCAUCCUAUACUACGGUAUGUUGCGCCUGACAAACAGGCUCUGACAGUGGGUGAGUUGGUUGAACUCCUCAAAGCAGAUCACCUGUCUCAAGUGCUGGAGCAGCAUGAUUCAGAUGAAGAAAAACAGUCAUAAGUUUAUAUAGACCCGCUACUUUAAUAAUUGCUGGUUACUUUAUGUUAAUUGAUACCAGUUUCAAUUUUAUAUUUUCUCUUUGUUCAUGUAUUACUAUAAUCAGUCUAUUGAUAAUGUGCGUAAGAGCACGCUGCAUCUAAAAUUAUUAAUAAAAGUACCUGACAUUGCUAUGUUAAGAAA